UUCAGAAGAGACGUUAUUCAUAAAGAUAGAAUGAUAUUUUACCCCUCCCUUUAAUUAAAAAGAGCUAUCACCUUAAAACUCUUACACACGCCGACCAUACAGGAAAAAGCCUUUUACGUUAGCACUUUUCAAUACUUCUGAAGUUUUCUUUUACUAAUAUGUAAUAACAAUAAUGUCUUUUACAUUGGUUUUAAUUGAAGGACGAGGAAAAACAUUAGUUUGGGGCUGCUUUGCUAAAGCAAUUAAGGACGAUGUUUAUCCAAAAACAGAUCAUGAAUUUCUGCUCAUCCUGUCUGACAAAAACUGCUUUUAAACUCAGAAAAACCAGACUCGCUGGGUCUAAAAUGUGAUAAUUUUCUCUUCAACAUAAAAUUACCUUUUAAACCUUAUGGUCUCAUCCCUCAACCUCAUGAUGGGUACAUUUUAAGACUCACAUAAAGGAUAUGAACAGAAACAUGAUUAGAUCUUGCAAGCUAAUUUGCAGUUAUUUAAAUUUGGUGAGACAUCAAAACAUUUGAGCACAACUGAUUCUUAAAUAUGUUUUAACUCUGGUGGCUGAUGAGUGACACAAUAAUCAAACCUCUUUGCUACAGAAACAUCAGCUGCAGCAUUUUACACUGCAAAAAAGCUGCUCUCAAUUUCUGCAGAGAAAUAAAUUUUCCUUUGAGCUUACCUGCUAGCUAACCAAUCAACAAUUGAAUACAGAGUAUUUAGUUGCUCAGCAGUUAUUAGUCAGCUAAAAUUCUACUGAUAUACAGCAUUAAAUUCCCUGCUCUCAGCUUGUCUUUACCUCUGAUAAGAUAAUAUAUCAGCAGGUAUUUCUUAUCCACCACAAAGGACAUUUCAGUACAAAUAGUCUGUAUGCAUGUGGUUAAAUUGCACUCACAAUAAACAGUUUUCUCAGGGACAAACAUUUCUACUUAUGCAGUAAAAUGUGUUAUCGAGGUGAAGCUGCAGCUGCUCAGCGUGUUGCUAUAAAACAUCAGGCGAUCAGAUCCAUGCAGAAGAACUCAGAGCAGCUCCAGCUGACAGACAUCCCAGUUUACAUCCCUGCAGCACAACUCUCACCAUGGAACUGCUGCCCGCUCUCCUGCUCUUCCUGGUUCCUCUGUUGAGCAGCUGUGCAGCUUUUCUCCUUCCUCUCGACUGCAGCGACAUCUAUAAGCAGGACACAAGGCGACUCAGCGGAGUUUACACCAUCUAUCCCAUCGGACCCCUGUCUGGUGUCCAGGUUUUCUGUGACAUGACCUCUUUGGGAGGGCAGUGGACUGUGUUCCAGAGGAGGAUGGAUGGCUCGGUGAACUUCUACAGGCCCUGGGCUUAUUACAAGUUGGGCUUUGGGAAUGUGGCUGGAGAGUACUGGCUCGGUCUGGGGAACCUUUCCCUCUUAAGUCAAAAGAAAAAGUUUGAGCUGCUGGUUAUCAUGGAGGAUUUUGAAGGACAUACAGUUUAUGCACGUUACCGCUGGUUCGGUGUUGGUCCGGAGUCUUUGGGGUACCCUCUCCGUGUGUCUGGAUUCAUUGAUGGAGGGGCAGGAGACUCCCUGAGUUAUCACAACGGACACAAGUUCUCCACCUUCGACAUCGACCUGGACAGUUAUCUUUUAAACUGUGCCAAAUUAUUCCUGGGUGGGUUCUGGUAUAACAACUGUCAUCGCACAAACCCAAACGGGGUUUAUCGCUGGGGGCCUGAUGAUACCAUCAAUUCUGUUGGAGUGGAGUGGUCCACAUGGAAGGGCCAUAACUACUCCCUGAAGGCCAUCAGCUUUAUGAUGCGUCCUGCUCAGUAAAGCUGCAGGACAAACGUCCUCUAGAAUAUUACAGGUUGAUGUUUCCUGUGAUCAAACUCAAUCAGAAGAAGUUACCUGCCAGAAUUGAAUCCAGAUGUUGGUUGUGACUUCAAAACCUGUUUUUGGUGAUUUGUUUUUUCAAAUUAUUUUUCUUUUCUCUACUGCAUUCUGACAAUAAACAAGAAACAAACUGA